AUGAGUGGUUUCCGUGGAACAAGGGCGAGGUCUUCCCAAUGCGAGUAUUGCCAGAAAGUGGCCCCGAGAGAUUCAAUGACAAUUGUUCCGAAAAACCCGGAAUUAAGAGAACGGUGGAUCCGCAUUCUUGGCGGAGAGUUUGGAGAAAAUCUCUCCAAGCACACCAAUUCGUUCAUUUGCAAAUCACACUUUCGGUUGUCGCUGGAUAACAGAAGACGGCCGCAUGAUUUGCCAAUGGUAUUUUCUCGAGUUUUAUGUUUCCUAUGUAGAAAAAUAAAACAUUGCAGGCAAACAAUAGAAACUCCGCCGACUGCGCCAGAAAACUCAUGAACCCUGUGAGGCCAAUAAGAAAUGCGGAUGAAUCAGCACAACUACGAUCAGAAACCGACUUCUGGAUGGAUGUGGACGAAAUGGACGUCGAAAACAGAGUGGACACGGAUAACUCUCAUUCCCGUGUAAGUUUUUUUUGUCAAAUUCUGUAUGAGAAGGGAAGGAAAUUUCAGCGCGAAUCUGAUGUAUCAUUCGGAAAGCUUGAGCGUAUUAUUGUCGAAAUUCCGGCAAUCUGUGAAAUAUUGCGAUUCUGUCGAACGUGUAAAUCAGUUGAUAGUGUACACGUUGAUUUUGAACAAAGUGGCGCGGCAAUUACUGUGAGUGUGGGCUUUUGAUGCCGCUGUAAACAAGUGUUCUCAGUUCAAGAUUAACUGCCAACAAUGCGAGUCUAAUUGGAAGUGGGAAAGCAGUGGUUCUGUGUCAUCCGGGAGUAAUAAGAUGAAGAAUGUCAACAUUGACAUUUAUUCCUCAGUGUUUAGCACUGGAAACGACUUUUCCGUGAGUAACUUCAACAAUUCACAGUUUGAAAUUCCGUUUAGCGACUCACGCAUUUUGCUUCAAACUUUCGACUUGCGUUCCCGUCAAAAAAGUCAUAUCAGAAGAGCCUCCUCAAUUUUAUUUAUCCUGCCGUUGAGAACGUUUUCAAGGAGUGCAAUAAGCGCGUUGAAAGUGCACUGGAAAAGUUAGCAAAAGAGGUUUCUGAUUAUGAUUUCGGUGCACAUGAAGUGUGAUGUUUUAGAACGGCGCUUUAGAUCUUUGCGGCGAUGGACAGUUUGACAGUCGCGGCUACUCCGCAUUUUACUGCAAGUACUCUCUGGUCGAGGCUCGCAGCCAAUUAGUCGCUGCCCAUAGUGUCGUUCGCAAAAACAGAAACGGUAAAACAACUUCUGUUUGAUUGUUGACUGUGUUUUUUUUUCGAAUUGUAGAAGGGUCGAAGUCUCUCGAAACUCUCGGACUGCAGCAAUGCCUGACAGAUUUUCAACAUCAAUUUUCCCCAAGAAAAGUCUCGAUCCGAAGUGUAACAACUGAUCGCGCGAAGGAUGUUUCGAAUAUUCUGUCGAGAACUUUUCAUUUGCCCCACAAAUUUGAUAUGUGGCACUUCCUACGAAACAUUCAGAAAGAUCUGUGGAAAGUAUUAUCACAUUCCUGUUCCAUGCAUAAAAUGAGACCUCUCAGAGACGGGGGCAACUACAAAUGAAGCCAGUGCGUUAUUGGAUGGACCGACUCGUGGGUCAUUUGUACAAUUGCGUAAAACAGUGUCCCGAUGACAGUGUGAGAUGCGAAGAGAUGGCUGUGUCGUUUUUCCAGCACAUGCGGAACAUUCAUGCACAUUUCGAAGUAAGACAUAACGGAAAAACACAAAAAUCCUAAAUUGAAAAAAAGGCGUGAACACUAUUUUUGGCUGAAAAUUCAGAGCGGUUUUAUUUUACCUCGAGAAAAAGACGUGCAUUGAUCAGGGCGCCCCUUCUCUUUGAGCAGAAAGAAGUAGUCCCAGUUACAACUUUCAGCUGAACAUGGUGCAUGUUGACUCAGAUGGCGAACAUUUCUUCUGCCCGCACACCGUAAACGCCUGUAGUUGACGCCUUUUUGUAGUACAAUCUUAUCGGAAAAACGUUGAAAUUGCCAAAAAUUAGCAUUUCACAAUUUCGGCGAGACUGCUCAGAAUGAAAAGGAGAAUCGGACAUACAAAAAUAUAGUUCCUUUGAGACCGUUCUAUGUUUUCCGUGAAGCAGAACAUUUUUUCUAGACCUGCGAAUAUUACACUUUCGAAGUGGUGUUAUCGUGCUCUCAUGGCCCCAUUUCCGAUGACUUGCCUUGGAUUGACGUGUACGAUGUGUCUCACCAAAAAGCGUUCUGGCUCUUGUUCGACAUUAUCACUACUGGCAAUAGGCUUAGCGAAUUGGGAACAGUUUCUGAUAGAUGCACCACUUCAGCUGUUGAGUCGUUCAAUGCACGGUCCACCUACUACACUCCAAAAGAGAAAUACUUGUACGUAUGCUAAUUCUCAUCGAUUAGAAUCAUUUCUAUUUAUACACACACUCAUUUUUACGUACUAUCGUUUGCAGUUCGCUUGCCGGAUUUCAAAAAUCGUACCAAACUUGCCGUCAUUGACUGGAACGAAAAAGAAAUUGUCGGAGUUGAGUGGAGCUCGGAUGCGGAUUGGCAAGCGCCAUUCAUGGUGCAAAUCGAGAAAAAAAGGAGGUGGAGAAGUGGACGAAGACCCCAACAGACUAUGGAUGGAGAAGGAAUAUUACAAUGCACGCUAGAUCAAUAUGUGAUCGAAGCACCAACGACGAUUCUGAAGGUUCGUAGUGAAUAAAACGGUACAAUAAAAUAAAUUGUUGCAGAAUGUGCCGCUCAUGGCGAUACGUCGUCUGGAGCGACAGGAGGAGCACCUGGAGCGGCAGACACGGUGAUUGUUUGCGAGGGCACAGUGAAGAAAAAUAAAUUUUGGCCCUCGUCUCGUGAGCUGUCCGCUGCUUAUUUCGCCGGUCGGCGGCGAGUUCUCGAAGCCUAUUUUUCGUGCGCGAAACCUUGAGAUGCGUGCUGUUCGAAGAACACUGACUCAUUUUUCCUCAUUUUUUGGGAACGAGUUCAUUAUGACUGAAACUCGCAAGCGGCAACAAGAAACUCACAGAAAGGUCUAGGGAUUACUGCCAAAACAGCUUUUUCGCCGAAUGACUGCUUUUUGUGUCUCGUCGUUAGUUUUUAUCAUAAUGAACUCAUUCCCAAAAAAUCAAGGGAAAUGAAUCAGUAUUCUUCCGAUGGCACGCAUCUGAAGUGUCGGAACAGCAGAAGAACGCGCGGGCGGCGGGUAGCGCGCUCUCCAAACCUUCUCUAUGCGCCGCAACUUCAGAUGCAUGCCGUCGGAAAAAUACUGAUUCAUUUCAUUUGAUUUUUUGGGAAUGAGUUCAUUAUGAUAAGAACUAACGACGAGACACAAAAAGCACGCAUGACCACUCAUUUCACGGAAAAAGGUGAAUUCGUACUGAACCUUUGAAAUGUUUGCGAAUUUUUGCUGCCGCUUGCGAGUUUCAAUCAAAAUGAACACAUUUAUUACAAAACCGGGUAAGAUGAACCAGUAUUUCUCCGGCGGCACGCAUCGAUAGUUCCUAAAACAGCUAAAUUCUAAAAGUGGCCUAGGACCUAACUGGCGAGGCGUAUUAUUACUUGUUCAGCCGGCGGACUCGACGGAAAGCGAGGGUAGCAUCCCGGCUCGCGACCCCGGGCCGAAUGGACUAGAAUUUUCCUCGUCACCUUCGCAGAGAAUCACCGUGACGCCGAAGGCGUUCAAGAUUAGCGAGUACGAGGACGCGGAGAAGCAGCGCGCGAGUGUGUCUUAGUUCCGCGAGACGGUGACCGUCAACAAUCGGCGCUCACGCCAGCAAGUUCAUCGAGGAUCCGUCGCAGUUGGCCGAGAUCCAGCAAGACUUCCUCUCGAGCCUCGCGGCGAUUCUAGGCAUUUCGACACGGAGGUAUUGAGAACCCGCGUAGACCGGCGACCGAGUUUCGGUUUUCGCGAAACCGCCGAGACCGGACUGCUCGACGUGAAAACGGGCAAGAUUGUGCACCCGGAAAGGAGCCGACGCUACUCGAUCCCACGCGCCGUUCACACGACACUUGUUGCAGGAGACGCCGCGAAACUGCUGAUAGAGCAACUCAACGUGCCUGUCGAAGAAGUCGCAUUCACCACGCAAACGAUCAUCACGUCGAAGCACUCGGCGUCGUCGCCAGUCUUCGAACCGCUUCGGUUAGCCAGCAGCCAGCAGCCAGCGGUUAGCCAGCAGCAUCUUCAACCGGCCGGACCACCACCCGCAAGUACACCCCGACCGACCUCAACUGGCACGGAUCGCCGUCAGAGCUCCGCAACUCGAGCACGGAUCCACUCGCCUCCUACACCACGGUCACCUCGAGCGAAUUGACCGAAGAGUGGCCGAAAAGACUGUAACCUGUUUUGGUCACGCCGCUUUUCCCAUCUUUUUCAUUUAUAGUUUUCAGAAUAAACCUCGACGAGGUGGAGUUUCUCCAGAACCGCGGAUACUCGUCGCAGGAGUUUGUCAGCAAGAGCCCAGUCCUCAAGCAGACCGUCGAGCAAAUCGAAUGGAGGGAUGUUCACAAUGUAACAUCCAGGUCAGCUCCGUGACCUUUGCAACAGGCUCCAUCAUGACUAUCGUUUUAUUGUGUCGCCGCUCAGGAUAAGGUAAACCUUCUUCUAUAUUUUGAGUGAUCUGUUCGUUUAGCAGGUGACCGAGGCGUUCCGGUAUCAAGAGAAGUGGGGUUGCAUGGCUCUAUACAACAUCGGCUGAAUGAUCAGCCGACGAACACUGGAAGUGGUGCCGUCGUGAGAAGACGAUGACGAAAAGGAGAAGAAACGAUCGGAAUGCGUGCAUCAAUACAGGAAGGAGCUGCUCAGUUCGAUGCGCAAACAGACGAAAACGGUGCAGCCGAGAUGUCCGACAGCCCAAAAGAAUUUUAUUGCGGCGCAAAGGGAUCGGGGGAGCUGAAAUUUCCGCCCAGUUACUGCUGAAGAAGGAACAAGACGAAGGAAUCCGCGGGAAGCAGCAAAGCUCCAGCUCCAUUUCCAGCUGCUCCUUGGGCAACAUCAUGUGAUUGGCUGGUUCUAUACUUUUGUUGAAUUAUGAUAAUAUCAGAUGCGUGAGCGUAAUGUGAUGGAGUGCUGGACUGCAAUUGUCUCACAGAGGACCUGUUGGAAUCGUGGCACCAAACCGCGACGACAUCGAAAUAAUGCUGAAUAGCGAGAUUGCCGGAGCUCUUGGAAGUGAUGUAGUACGUGUUGCGCUGCGAGUGCUUCAAGAAAGCGGCCUCGAACAUCUCUGAGUUCAGAUCGCCGAGUCGUUCCCGGAUGGCACAGCGGAUAUGGAGCCGGCAAACGUGAUCAACGAGUCGAUCGAUCGAGUGAGGAAUCCACGUGGUCCUUCCGGCUAG